CUGCACACGAAGAAACGACCGAGCGGCUCCCUUUGCUUUUGGGAGAGGCUCACAAAUUCGAGAGUCGUCCUCCGAACAAAAGCGCAUAAUUUCGCGAAACCAAACAACCAACCAAACAAUCACGCAAGUUACCAACACCACCACCAUGUCUGUUGCAGAACCCUUUAGCAUGGAAGACCUGUCGUCCAUGUCCCACAAGGCUCUCCGUGAACACUGUCGCAACCUCCAGUUAUCGGCAGACGGCACGAAGGAAGCCCUUCGGCGUCGUCUCAAGAGUUGGCAGCAAAGCAAAAACAAGAAUCCUGCCGAUGAUUUGAUCUGUCCGAUUACACUGGAGUUGCCCGUGGACCCCGUGACGGCAGAAGACGGGUUUCUCUACGAGCGUGCUGCGAUUGAGCAACACUGCAAAUCGCGUGCCGGAAUGGUACUGAAAUCGCCCAUGACCAAUGAGCGCAUGGGGGGACGACUACUUGCGGCUCCCAAGCUUCGUAGUUUGAUUGAGACCUUGGUCGAGAAGGGCGCCAUUGCGGGCGAAUUCGCCGACAAGUAUAGAGCCAAGAAGCAGGAAAUCAAGGACAGGGCAGAACUCUUGAAAAAGGCAGAAAAGGGUGACGCGGAAGCCAUGUAUCGUGCUGGUGAAUACUAUCAUCGCGGUGCCCACGGCUUUCCGGAGGACGACAAUGUGGCAUUGGCAUGGUUCAAAAAGUCCCAUCGUGCCGGCAACGUGAAAGGAACCGCCCUGACGGGAGACUAUUUGCUGGAAGGAUGGGCCGACGACAAGGACUACAAGAAGGGAAUGUACAUGAGCACCGUAGCGGCAGCACGUGGUUCCAACCUGGCUGCCUACAACCUAGGCAUGGCGUUUGCCGAUGGCGCCUACGGCAUGUCCCGGGACGUGCCAGAAGCCAUUUUUUGGUUGGAAAAGGCAGUUGGAAAAUGUCCAGUGGAUCAUCUUGACGACAAUCACAAGGAGAAGGCCCAAGAAAAGUUGGACGAACUCCAAAGAGUCAAUAAUAAACGAAGUCGGUCCGAGAUGCCUGCCUUGGUUUCCCGAUCGUAAGGCAAAAAGACAACGGAUCCUUCUACUACUGUUGUACGGCAUCAAGGUUGCUUUUCUAAAUAAUAUAGGACAUAUCAAAUUCCCAUACUAUACU